CGUCUGCGCACUGCCGUCCGCCACGCCCCGCAGUCUCCCGGGUACAAGCGGGGAGACAUGGUGCUGUCGGAGCUAGCAGCGCGCCUCAACUGCGCUGAGUACAAGAACUGGGUGAAGGCGGGCCACUGCCUGCUGCUGCUGCGCAGCUGCCUGCAGGGUUUCGUCGGCCGUGAGGUGCUCUCCUUCCACCACGGCCUACUCGCCGCAGCCCCCGGCCUGGGGCCCCGCGCCGUCUGCCGCGGCGGCUCACGAUGCAGCCCGCGCGCCCGUCAGUUUCAGCCUCAGUGUCAGGUGUGCGCUGAAUGGAAACAGGAGAUUUUGAGACAUCACGUCAACAGAAAUGGAGACGUGCACUGGGGAAACUGCCGGCCGGGCCGCUGGCCCGUGGACGCCUGGGAGGUGGCCAAGGCCUUCAUGCCCCGAGGACUAGCAGACAAACGAGGACCUGAGGAAUGUGAUGCGGUUGCUCUUUUAAGUCUCAUCAACUCCUGCGAUCACUUCGUGGUUGAUCGAAAGAAAGUCACAGAGGUAAUUAAAUGUCGUAAUGAGAUCAUGCACUCUUCAGAGAUGAAAGUAUCUUCUAUGUGGCUUCGAGAUUUUCAGAUGAAGAUCCAAAAUUUUCUGAAUGAAUUCAGGAACAUCCCAGAGAUUGUGGCAGUAUACUCCAGAAUAGAACAGCUGUUGACAUCUGACUGGGCUGUUCACAUCCCUGAGGAAGAUCAGCGAGAUGGGUGUGAAUGUGAAACGGGAACUUACCUGAGUGAGAGCCAAGUCAAUGAAAUAGAAAUGCAGUUACUAAAGGAGAAACUUCAAGAGAUAUAUCUUCAAGCAGAAGAACAAGAGGUGUUGCCUGAAGAGGUAAAAGAAAAGUGUUAUAGGCUCCGUGUGAGUAAACAACACAAAGAAAGAUUCUGGGGAGGAAGAGUAGCUCAUCUUAACAAAUAAUUAAUGGUGGUUUUGAUUUAUAAGUCAAAUAAUUUCCAGAAGUGUGAAUAUGCUUUUGGCACAGAUUAAUAUUACCUCUUAACAAAUAUUUUCACUUUCACAUCAGCAAACAUUUGAGUGCCACAAAGUGGAAAAAUCUGGUAAGGGCUACAAUAGAAUUCUGAAAAAAAUGCUCCAGACGUUCUCUGCUGCUCAGGGGGAUUGCCAGAAAAAAGAUUUUGCUAAGAAGAUGCUGUUGAGCUGUGACUCACAGAAUCAAAUAAGAGUCUGACAAAUUGGCAAGAGAAAAAGAUGAUUCUUGACAGAGAGCACAGUACUUGCAAAAGCAGGGAAGGAUAGUCUGAGCCUGGGCAAGGACAAGUGAGCACAGGAGCCAUGGCCAGGUUUGAGGAUGGUAAAGUGGGCUGGAGCCACAUGCCGAAAGGUUUUCUAGGCCAUGCCACGGGGUUUGGGCUUCAUUCCCAAAAAGCAGUCAAGAAAGGGUGAUAGGAUCAGAUACAGCUUUUAGAAAGUUAACUCUUGUGGUAGUUGGAGGUUGGAUGUGUGGUUAGCAACUACCCAGAAGGCUCUUGCAGUCAUGUGAAGGUGAGCAAGAACAGAAACUAGGGGCUGUAGAGGAACUGGAUUCUGGAGGCAGUGCCUGGGCAGAACUGAUGGAUCUUGGUGGCCAGGGAGAUUACUUGGAGCAUGGCAUGGGGCUGGAAAAGGGUGGAGAAGGUGGGGAGGGGAGUGUUUAAAGAAUCAUCAAUGUUUCUAGUUUAGGACCUGCAGGCUAAUGAUGGUCUAAACUCCCAGGUACAGGAGGAACAAAUCUCCUUUGUCACAUACAAGGUAUAAUAUAAAUUAACAGUAGUAGAAUUAUAUUCCAGUAAGGUUCAGAAAUAUUCCAGCACUGGCUGGAUUAGACUUCUAGAUCACCAGGAGAUCUUGGAAAAAUCAUUUCAUCUCUCCAUUCCUCCUUGUCUAAGGAAAGUAGUUUUGCUGGUUACCUCAUUAAACCUAGGGAGAGUUUAUUAAAUGCAAAUUCACGGAGCCGUGCUCCUUGCAGGUAACUAUGCCUGUAUUAACCAUUCCAGCUUUGAUCCAGGUGCUUCAUUCAGCAUGGUGAGCCCCUUUAGCACAAGGACUUGGUACCCCUGUUUUUUUGGGUGUGCCUACCAUGGUACACCAUAGGUAUUUAAAAUGAUGUAUUAGCAUGUUUAAUCUUCUCUUUUCUAAAUCCGUGUGUUUCAGUUCCUCUGUCUUUAUUUUAUAAUGCCAUUAGAGCCCCAGUUUUCUUUCUGCUGCUGUUUUCAGAAGCUAGGGCCAGGAGUUUGUGUCAGUUGAGAGCUGGAAGGGAACCUGGCAGUCAUCCUAUAUCCCCUGCUUUGCAUGUGAGGCAAGGGCCCCAAAGAGCUUGCACUGGGGCUGAGGGCUGACCCGCAGGUCUCCCCCUUCUGAUCCUGUGGCUUCCCGCCUGCUGUGCUGCAGAUCUUAUAUACUGAGGAGCUGGCAGCUGUAAGUUUUGAACCCCCAUUAUCUCUGUGUACAGAAAGGAAAUAGGGAUUAAUUGGCUUGUCCUCUGGGUGGAGUCUCUAGGUGGAGUUAAUAAAUUCUCAUUUUUCAUGCUUUCUCUUCAGCAGACCAUGGCAUUUCUCAUAAUAUUUCAAUUGAUCAAAAUGUGAGGAUUGAUUGGCAUGUUAUCUCAAAAAAGUUGGAAGUCAGGUUUCUGUGUAUAUGAAAUUUGACGUCUGAAAGUUCAGUACCCUAUAUGAUUAUCCAUGUUCUUUAGGGUUAGUUGCCAAAGUCAGAGGAUUUGUUAAGACCAGAUUUCAAUGAAUCUAAAAUGCUGUCAAUUGUAAAACAUACCAUUAUUUCAGUUACUUCUAAGAAGGAAAAAACAAUGUUGCCAGUUUAUUACAAGAUACUAUCAAUGGUAAGAUGCAUUCUCAUUUGAGAUGUUAGAAUAGGAAAAAUGUGCAUCCUGGGAUCAGGAAAUACAGUGAUUGUAUUAUGACCCCAGGGCUUUUGUUAUAAAUGUUAUCAAGACCUGUUUCUUGUUUUUGUUAAAACAGUAGGGGUAAAGGCGAGGUGCAAUGGCUCUGGCCUGUAAUCCUGGCAUUUUUGGAGGCCAAGGUGAAAGGAUCACUUGAGCCCAGGAGUUUGGGACCAGCCUGGGCAACAUAGGGAGGCCCCAUCUCUUAAAACAAACUAACAAACAAACCAAAAAAAGUAGGGGUAGGGUUAGAAAGCUAAGUUGAGAAAAAUGAUUGAUGGUAGUAAUUCCGUGUGACACCUCCUGCAAACACAUCAUGGAGUGCCACAGAGAGCUCACCAUCUCCACAGUUUUCUGUUAGUUUGGUGAACCUUAAAGGUACAGAACAGUAGAAAAAGUGGGCUCACAUUAAAAUACACUGUGCAUGUAUUGCUGUGAUUGUGAGAUUUUACUCUGCUUUGGAGCCAAAUGGCAGUAGCAGCUGCUCAGCCCCUUGUAACAUGGAGUUUGUGUCGGCCAUGGGCUCAUCUGCCCCAGAAUUCGGCUGCCUCCUAAGUGCCCUUCACAUAGUCCUGCCAGCCCUCAUUGCUCUGUUAGGAUCUGGGAGUUAAAAAAAAAAAAUCCUGGCCGGGCGCGGUGGCUCAAGCCUGUAAUCCCAGCACUUUGGGAGGCCGAGAUGGGCGGAUCACGAGGUCAGGAGAUCGA